GGCCACGCCGCUCGCUUCCACGCAAAUCGAUACAAGCGUACCACAUGCACGUUUUACUACCUCACCUAGACGUGUUAUAGCAGUUUAAAAAGUUUUAUCGCGCGGUUUUUUGAUACUUCAUUCUAUUUCAUCGUAGUUCCUUUUUUUCGACAGCUUAACGCGCUUUUGACAGGUCCAUGCCGCAACGUAAACAAUACCAAUAUAAAUCGUACGACUUAACAGCUGACUCUGGGAACAGCUGACUGUUGUUAUGUGGACAUAACGGGCCUGUUAUAACGAUUUAUAGCGAUAAGUAUUUCAAGACGAGAUGAUCUGUGCACGUUAAUGUUGAAUAUAAAAUUGAAGUUUGUAAAGGAAUAAGAAAAUUAUUUUUUUAAUGUCGAUCUCUUACAUCAUAUCAAUGGCGCGCGUGAUCGAUUGGUGUGUCAGCCUGUUUAAUAGACCGUUUGAGACAUGCCUCUGAUUUUGAGUUUAUUAACGUAAACGAAGGCCGCGGUUUGCGUGAACGCGGACACGGGAAUUGGCAGCGGCGCACGCGUCGCGGCGACGGCGCGUCAUGCCCUGACUCGGAGUCGGGAGCGCGUGCUCCGCCAGUGCAGCCUUGUCCGUCAGAGGAUAUGUCCCUGUUAUGGACUACCAAUGCAUCGUCGUGUAUACGGUCAUCAACAUCGCUCCGCCGCGGUUCGACCAAAAUGCGGAAUUUUCCGAUGGCUGUAUCACGUGGCUUAAAAACAAAAUCAAAAGAACGGUAGCAGUUUAUCUCCAGUCUUUGAAGCUAACUCCCAACAAUGGCAUAAUUCACGGCAAUCUUGCUUGCUCGUACUACAAACAAGGCUUAAUAGAUCUCGCAAUAGACACAUAUAAGCGCGCCAUAGAAAUUCAGCCUAAUUUUCCAGAUGCCUACUGUAAUCUAGCUAAUGCUCUCAAAGAGAAAGGGCACGUCUCCGAGGCAGAAGAGUGCUAUAACGUGGCUUUACGUUUAUGUCCCUCUCAUGUUGACACUCUAAACAAUCUCGGCAAUGUUAAGAGGGAGCAAGGAAGAAUUGAAGAGGCAACUAAUUUAUACUUAAGAGCUUUAGAAGUGUUUCCAAAUUUUGCGGCCACUCAUAGCAAUUUGGCGUCCCUCUUACAGCAACAAGGGAAGUUGAAAGAGGCAUUAACGCAUUAUAAACAAGCUAUAAAUAUACAACCAAAGUUUGCAGAUGCUUAUAGUAACAUGGGUAACACAUUAAGAGAAAUGCAAGAUAUAAAUGGCGCCCUUGCUUGUUUCAGAAAAGCUAUCGAUAUCAAUCCUAAUUUUGCUGACGCACAUUGCAACUUGGCAAGCAUUUAUAAAGAUUUGGGUAUUAUUAAUAAUGCAAUAGAAUCAUACGAAAAUGCAUUGAAACUUAAACCGAACUUUCCUGACGCCUAUUGUAAUUUAGCUCAUUGUUUGCAAAUCAUUUGCAAUUGGGAUGGGUAUAACGAGAGAAUGCAGAACAUUUUAGCGAUAGUUGAAGAUCAAUUAAGUAAUGAAAAACUACUUUCUGUGCACCCACAUCAUUCCAUUUUAUAUCCUUUGUCGAACGAAACCCGGAAAGAAAUUGCCGCGCGACAUGCUACCUUGUACGUUGACAAAGUAAACAUGUUGACAAAAAUAAAAUUCAAAUUCCCAAGAAUAUUGCAUGGGAGGUUGAGAAUUGGUUAUGUCAGUAGUGAUUUUGGUAAUCACCCCACGUCACAUCUCAUGCAAUCGAUACCAGGACUACACGACUCCACACGAGUCGAAAUAUUUUGUUAUGCUUUAAAUCCAGAUGAUGGAACCACAUUCCGUAGUAAGAUUAAGGAAGAAUCGGAACAUUUUGUAGAUUUAUCUUCUGUCACAUGUAAUGUUAUAGCGGCUAAGAAAAUAUAUAGUGAUGGGAUUCAUAUAUUGGUCAACAUGAACGGAUAUACAAAGGGAGCGAGAAAUGAAAUAUUCGCUUUGAGACCAGCACCUGUUCAAGUGAUGUGGCUCGGGUACCCCGGUACCAGUGGAGCGGAUUAUAUGGAUUACAUAAUUACUGAUGAAACAGCAUCCCCAAAAUCAUCAGCCGGAUAUUUUAGUGAAAAAUUAGCUUUUAUGCCAGAAACUUAUUUUAUCGGUGACCAUAUGCAAAUGUUUCCUCAUUUAAAAAAUCAAUUCAAAGUAAAGGGUGAUGAUGAAAGAUUUGAAGGUAACGUUGCAAUAAUCAAUUCUCCCGAAAACUUAAUUGAACCACUUCUAGUAAAGGAAGAGAACGAAGUUAUACAGUUUGAGAAAUAUACACCCAUUCAAGUGCUUACGAGAGAAAUAUACAUUCCAAAUAAGGUUAUUGAAGUUUUAAAUACUUCUCAUCAAUCGCAGGUAUUUAUCAACGAUAUGACAAUAUACAGUGGAGUUUCAAUAAAUAAUAGCAACAGAAAAGUUGCUUCUGGUGAAGAGAUAUUACAAAAUGUCAUAUUUACAUCGAGGAUGCAGUACAGUCUUCCAAAAGAUGCAGUUGUGUAUUGUAACUUUAAUCAAUUAUACAAGGUCGAUCCAGGUGUUAUGAGCAUGUGGGUACAAAUAUUAAAGAAAGUACCAAGAAGUGUUCUUUGGCUUUUAAGUUUUCCUGCUGCUGGGGAACCAAAUAUACGAAAAGCUGCAGAGCAUUUAGGAUUAGAGCCAGGCCGAAUUAUAUUUACUAAAAUCUCAUGUAAAGAGGAGCACGUGCGCCGCGGGCAGUUGGCCGAUAUUUGUUUGGACACUCCUCUGUGCAACGGGCACACCACAGCAAUGGACGUGCUGUGGGCUGGCACUCCGCUAGUCACUAUGCCCGGAGAUACCCUAGCAUCAAGAGUGGCUGCUUCGCAAUUAAAAACAUUAAACUGCCCAGAACUGAUCGCAAAUAGCAAGAUGGAUUACGUUAAUAUUGCAGUGAAAUUGGGAUUAGAUUACAAAUACCGUCGAUACGUCCGCGCGAAAGUCUCCGAGGCUCGCUUCAGCAGUACUUUAUUCGACUGUAAACAUUACGCGCGCGGCUUGGAGUCUUUAUAUGAUAAAAUGUGGAAGCAAUAUCAGAAUGGCGAGGAACCAAUGCAUAUGAAAACGUUUACGUAAUUCAUUUUUGAAAUGUUUCGAACUUUCGGGAAAACGGUAAUUCAAUAUAUUUCAAAAACUGGACAGUAAAUAUUGCCCCUGCUUAGUAUAUAACUUCCUUCUUAAUAACAAAAAGGUAUUUAAGAGGUCAUUUAAGUGUUCAGUAAUUUUCUAGACUGUCAUGUGAUCUUAAAAUUUAAAUCGGUAUGUUUAUGUAAGAAAGACAUAUUUGUCUACACUUUUUCCAGAUUCCAAUUGUUAAUAAAUGGGUACUUACAAUACGUUUUACCGCUAAAUAUUUAUGUAAAUAAUUCAUGUAAUAUGUGUUUUUUUCCGUUUUGACCUUCAAAAUGGAUGUUUAUAUAAUGUUUAAUUCACUGAUGUCUUGGUACACGAAUGUAGCCUUAAUAUUUUCCGAUCUGUUUCGAGGAUCCUAAUGAUAAGCUGUCCGCGGUGGAUAAAUACGGAGUACCAAAUUCUACAUCAAAACAUGCAUAUUCCUUAGCAUACCAUCGACGUACGUAAUGUCCGUCUGUCUGUCCGUAGAUAUGUAUGUGUUAUAUACAAUAGUAAGUUUAAUUGGAAUGCAUUUCGUUUCUUACAUGGUUUUAUAAAUUUAUUAAUAAAUAAAACUUAGAGGUGAUGUGUUGGGCCUUCGAAAAAAAUUGUACAAACUAAUCAACAAAAAUGUGUAGAAGCUAACGGAAGAUAAUUAAAAUCAACGUGUCAACCGUAUCCUAUUUUUCAUAUGCUUUCAUCUUACAUACUAUGCUAAAAUACUUUAAACGAUGAUGGGUUUCAUUGCAUGGAUAAUAUUUUGUAAGAUUUUUUGAUGGAACACGUUCAACAACACGAAAUUAAUGUAGAAAUGUGAAAUCCGCAAUAUUUUGUAGCAUUUUUAAAACGUAUAAUUUUACCUUAUUUUUUGAUUGCCCUAAUGGCCCUAUAUUAAAUACAAUUACUAGACUCCCUAUGCUAUAACGAGAAAAAAAACGAAGAACAACUAUAUAAUUUAAAGCUUUUUUAAGUCGAAAAUGACGAGCGACUUAUUUAUCAUGAUUCUUUUGCUUUCAUUUUGGCGCAACCGUGUGAGAUGACGUCACAGCAGGCGCGCUUUUCGUAUGUGAAGCAUUUUCACUCGCAUAAGCGCGCACUACAUUUACUUUUGCAAUUCGGAAGUUUCUGGAAUACAAUAGAUAGGUGUCGGGGUUAUUAGAAAUAUUAGACUGUCACGGGAACUAGGAUCCAUUGCCAUCUUUAAAAAAAAAUCAUGCAUGAAGCUAAUUGUUUUGAACUAGUAGUACCUACCCAAUGGGGCAGAGUGGGGUACAGUGGAUCAUGGGCCAACGUGGGUGUGGGUCUUUUAAAAUAACUUACUAGUAUUUCUUGUCCACAAGUAAUCGCUCACGACGUUGCCGCAUUUACACUCGUACGUGUGCCAAAUAAGUUAUCAUAUCAGUUUCAGAACAAAAUUCGAAGUGAUGAGCAGUGGCUGCCGUAUUUUACAUGAUGUUUAACAAGUCGUUAGUCGAAUUAAAAUCAAAUAAGAAUAAUAAAAUCAUAAAAAGACACCUAACUACAGUUAGUAAGCUGAUGUGACCGUUAUGCCGCUUCCCCAACAUAUUUUGUACUUGUUUGUUUUUGCUUUCAAUGAAGGUACGGGUGCCAAUGAUAUGAUAUGAUGAUAUGAUAUGAUAUGAUAUGAUAUAUUCUUGGGUGUGGUCCGACAAGCACCUGGCCGUUUUAAUGUUAGGGUUUAACAACAAUAUUCUAUGUAAGCCAGUAGGGCUAAGAUGGUCGGCUCUUUAUCAUUUGUCACCAUACCUGUCACGUUCUAACAAGUAUGUAAGCGCGAAAGUGACGGGCAUAGUGACAGGUGAUAACAAUGGAACCAUACUGCCACCGCUGUAUAUUUGUACGAUAUAUUUUAUUUACAAUUGUGGAUACGAUGUAUGUUGCGAAUUUCGUUCAAUGUCUUUUUUUAUUAUUAUUGAGAAUCAAACAGUCUUAAAAUAAACAUAUGAGCAACGUAGCUAAUAGCUACAAAUUGAUUUCUUAUAAACUUAUAGUUUCCUAAUUUUAAAAUUUCGCUGUACAAUAGGGUUGUUUCCAAUUUUUUGAAACGCUUGUAAAUAUUACGUUCUGUAUUAACUAUAAGUUGCCCUAAAAUUCAACUUUUAUACUAAAAACGGCUUUAAAUAUGUUAAAUUAACAAAAUAUAUUUUGACAGAUGCUUUCGCGCCCAAAACUCUUUGAAAAUUGUGUGACGUCAUAGUUUACGGUUUGACACAUAACUACAUACACAUGUAGAAGAUACGAACUGUCAACUGACAUUUGUUAUUUGUUGUUUAUCGCCUAACUGUCAACAGUGUCAAUCCGAGAGUUGUGACGUCAUCAGAAUCUUCAAUGAUUUUUCGAGUUUGGUCACGUGACGUGUGCCAAAAGAUAUUUUAAAUUCAAUAUUUACAAAAAUAUGGUCGUUACAGGUCCCCUAAAAGUAAUUUAACAUGUUCUUAUAAUCCAAAAGAAUUUAUUUGGGAUACAAUUCUGCCCUUAGAUUUGUAGAUGGAAACAACCCCUAUUGAAAAAAUAAUAGCAGUGUAAACUUAUAGUGUACAUAACAAAAGCAUAAAUGUAUAUUUAAAAAAAAUAUAGAGAACUGAGAAAAGACUCUAAUUACAGGUACCUACUAUCAGGUUGCUACAACUUUUAACCGCUAUUUUAGAAAAAAAAAUACGGUUAUUUUAAAGAGGCCUAAUGAAUUGCAAAACAAAUCUGCGUCCAUACAUUUUUCAUUGUACUGCUUACAUGCGCGUCCAAUAUCUGAAUGACCUUUCAAUUAUGAUUCUACGUAAGCAUUAUCAGGUAAAAACUUAAGUUUUAACUGAUAAUCUCUAUUGUAUGUGUGUGUAAAAAGUAAUAAUAGUAAUUAUUAUGGUAAUUUUCAAUUAAAUUAAAUUUAAUUCUUUAUUUCGAAUCUAGGGAGGGCCAUAUAGUGUUACUUUUAUCAUUCAUUUUUAUCGUACAUUUUAAUGGACAGGAUUAAUAAAAUAUCCUUGAUAAGUAUAGAAUGAAUUUUCAAAAUCGUGUCAUAUAAAUAUAGUACUUGUGGAAAGCGUGUACAAAUAUUGUACUGAAAGAAUGGAUUUACUAAGGUAUGUUUUACCUAUAGCUCACAUUUAAAUCUAGGGCUCCGUCCAAAAAACCCAUUUGAAAUAGAGAUUAUUAUAUAGAUAUUGUGAAUUAAAUCACCCGUUAAUGAAUGUUAAUCAAUGUUAAAUAUUUCAUCUUCUGUCGCUUUUUUAAAGUAAUGAAUAUUUAUAUUGGU